GAGAGCGAGUAGAAGAGCCCUGCGCGCGCGGCGAGGAUGGAACGUUGCUAGAGUUCGCGGGUCUUGCUGCUGGGGGUCGGAGCUGCAGGCCGUGAGCCGCCGCGCGCCAAAGCGGGAAUCCCGGAGGCGGGCAGUUCUGCAAUUAAUGUACGCAUUUAAAACUCCAGAACCCGUGGACGCCAUGCACAGGAAACACCUCCAGGAGAUUCCCGACCAGAGUAGCAACGUUACCACCAGCUUCACGUGGGGAUGGGAUUCUAGCAAGACAUCUGAACUGCUGUCGGGCAUGGGGGUCUCUGCCCUGGAGAAGGAGGAGGUGGACAGUGAGAAUAUCCCCCAGGAACUGCUCUCAAACCUGGCCCACCCUCAGAGCCCUCCCCGAAAACGGCUGAAAAGCAAGGGGAAUGACAAGGACUUUGUGAUAGUCCGCAGACCUAAGCUAAAUCGAGACAACUUUCCAGGUAAGCCAUCAUUUUUUUCCCUAGAUGUCUCUACUUUAGUUGGAAGAUGCCCCAAUCUUGUCCACCUAGACUUAAGCGAUAGUGUCAUGCUGAAGAACGACUGCUUUCCAGAAUUUUACCAGCUCAACUACCUCCAACAUCUCUCACUCAGUCGGUGCUAUGAUAUAAUACCUGAAACUUUACUUGAACUUGGAGAAAUUCCCACACUAAAAACACUACAAGUUUUUGGAAUCGUGCCAGACGGUACCCUUCAACUGUUAAAAGAAGCCCUUCCUCAUCUACAGAUUAAUAGCUCCCAUUUCACCAGCAUCGCCAGGCCAACCACGGGCAACAAAAAGAACCAGGAGAUAUGGGGCAUCAGAUGCCGGCUGACGCUGCAGAAGCCCAGUUGUCUAUGAAGUAUUUAUUGCGGGAUGGUGUCCCCUCUUUUCUUUGGAACAGGGAAAAUAGGCAGGAAGCCCGCCUGCUGGAGCACUCAGCUAUUUUUAUUCUUGGUUUUCCCUUUGCCUUCCUUCUGCAAGUAUAUUAGAUGACCAUUUGAGAGCGAAAACUAUGAAGUUUUGCUUUUUCUAAAUAACCAGAAAAGCUCUGGUCACUGCUUUUAGUGCACUUAAGAGCCUAAGUUUAAGGCCUUUUGGAAUUUUAGGAGAGCCUAUUAAUUUCAGGAUACCUUAAACAGCAAGAUUUGAGCCAUCUUUCAAGUGCCCUUCUUAUUCAAUCUAUUUAGAAUCAAGCGUAAGAAUCACGACCAGCAAAUCAUUUUCAUGAUCUAUAUGGUAACUUUCUUCUAUUUAAUUUCUCAGUAUUGCUUUAUGAGACGUAGAUUGGUAGAAGUAUUUGUAUUGUGAACGGAACAAAAGGAGAAUCUAGGAUAGUAGCAUUUUGGCAAUCUCUUCUGGAGAGCGAAAAAUAGGCCUUUCACCUUUGCCUUUAGGUUUGAAAUUAGGUUCAUGGAAACAAAAAACCUAAAUGAAAAACAACUAACCAAUCAGCGGUAAAGAAUUGGUACAGCUUUUGAAGGCUCAAGAGGCAAUUUUCUAUGACGGGUUAAUCUGAAGUAUCGAAGUUUCCUUCAUGUCCUGUGCUCCCAGAAUUCCGAAUUAGCUGAGGAAACAUAACUGUGGUCUUCUGACUUUAUGAUCAAAUGAUGUUAACGUGGGUUCUUUAGCUUUUAAGAUGACUCGCUAUGUUUUAGAAAGGUGGUAGUAGCCAGUCUUUAUUCUUGAAAUGUUGGCUGGAAUGCCAAACUGAAGGUGCCUGCCAUUUUCCUUUAUUGCCAAGGUUCUUCAAGUUAUUUUUAUGUUACUCUGGAAUCAAGUAUUUUAAAUUGCCUUCUUAAAAAAAAAAAAUUGUCUCCCACAAUAAUUGUUUGAAAGUCAUUGUUGUCUAAAGCUCUUGGACCUAGAGUUCCCUGAGAACUACGUGUUCGUUGACUCAGAAAUACACCCUCGAAGUAGGUGUGAGUUCCAAAGCAGUAAAAGACAACUUGAAACUACAUAAAAGUUAAGACUCAGGUGUGGAAUCUUUGGAUAGCAAGUGAUUUUUUUUUUUUAAUGGUGUCUAGAAGAAAACGGAUUAAAUUCUACUUAAAAAAAAAACACUAAUUUCUUUAAAUUGAUGACCUUCCCAUAGGUUCAAAAUGGAACAAAAAGAGCUAAAACCUGUUAUUUCUAUUAACAUUGUUUUUAAAUCAGACUUUUCAAAUGUUAGAAACAACGAUAUGAAGUGCCCUGAUCUGCUCAGACCUAAGGAAGAACAUUUUAAAGUGGCGUUAUAUGGGAAAUGAUUAUGUUUCAAUUUUGUGCUAGUUAAAAAGUGCUAAAUAUAGUACAUGAAAUUAUUGUUUACAGAUUAGUGAUGGGGCUGAUAGUAGGAUCCAUUUGGACUGUGAUUUCCAGAUGCCCUCAAACAUACAGUACUUCCAAACUCAAGUCUAGCCAUAAGCUAUUUUGCUAACAUGUCAGAGUAAUCUGUAUUUUUGUAUGUGAUUUCUACUUUUAUAGACCUGUUUUAAAAUAAAACACAUUUUUAUAAAAAUGAGUAC